UGGGCAGCGAGCUGAGGAUCCCGCGUGGGGUGAGCCAGGUCUGGUGCUGGGCAGUGGACGGGCCACAGGUGUGGCAGGUGUGGCGGGGGUCGGAGGCAGUGGUAACUGAGAGGUUUGUCGUGUCCACCUAAGGAAGAAGCUGAGGUGAAAAAUAGAAUUUUAGAGAGUUUGCUCGAGCCCAAGGGAGGACAGCUGCCCGCACACGCUUCCAAGUUCCCGUCGGCCUUUGUCGCAAGCAGGUUUUCAAAGGCCAAAGGGGAUAAGGAGUGGCCGCUACGCAGUGUGUCGGGGACGCUCGCCGGCUCACAGCGGUGACACGGAGCAGAUACCGGCUGUGCAUGUCGCACCACAGGGCACGAGCUACGGUGUCAGCCUGGGGUGGCGUCGGGGCGAUCCUCUGCCACGUGGCAGCAGCCGGUCCCGAGCCCACGCGUCAGGUGGCUUCCCCAGGCAAGCGCUCAGCUCGGCUGUCUCGCCCCGUGCCCGCCCGGCCAGAUCAGUUAAGGGGCCAGCGUUCCCCAGACAAGAGGUCUCUUUCCUUCCUCCGUUGGGUGUGGCGGCCCCAGGCUGGAGCGCGGGGCGCCGUGGCGGCCCCAGCAGUGCAGUGUGGGAUCCCGCCGACCUCUGCCCAGACACGCCCUCGUGGGCAAUAAAGCCUGGGCAGCCCUGUGGGGAGGACGGAGCCGGCGCCUGGAUACGGAUCGGCACCACGGCCCCCCAGAGCAGCCGCAGACAUGAGCAGGCUCCUCCUGGUCACCAGCCUGGUGGCUGUGCUGCUGCAGGGAGCAGGUGCGGCCCCAGCAGCACAGGUCCCUGUCAAGAUUCAAGUCAGACUCGGGGCCCCUGAGCAGGACACAGAGAACAGGGCCUGGGGUGCCCGGGUGGUGGAGCCUCCAGAGAAGGACGGAUGGCUGGUGGGGCUGUGGCCCGCAGCGAAGCCAGAGCUCUCAGCCGCGGAGGAGAAACUGCCAGGCACCAAGGCCUGGGUGGAACCUGAGGACAUCCUGGGCCUCCUCCGGAGCCCCCUGCAGGGUCCUGAGCCCGACCAUGAUGGCCUGUACCACCCCCCAGCUGAGGAGGACCAGGGAGGCAAGGGGCCCUGGCUGUGGGCGCUGCCACCUCGACAGAGAACACAGGGAAGACGCAGGACAGCGGAGGAUGCAAAUGAAACCCCAUGGACACCACACACCCUCAGACAGGCUUCAGCGAAAGGCUCGGGACUGUGCGGGAGGUGGAAUGUGCAACGGUGUAGCUGCUUUGGAAAACAGGAGUUUCCUUAAAAACUGCG